CGCAGCUUCUGCUCCAGACCCCGACACGGUCUGCGCCUCUGAGCCCAGGCUCCCUGUGCUUUGCCACCAGUAAUGAAGCAUUAGACCCAUGACCUGUCAUUGCCAGCAUCAACAAUGGCAUCGGUAGACCCUGCUCCAUCAGAAGCUCAACCCCCAGACCCUGCGGUCUCCAGGAAGAAGAUGAAGAAGAAAGAGGAGAAGGCCAAGGCGCUGGGGGAGGCCAAGAAGGAAGAGGACAGGUCUCUGAGGAGCCAGGCAGAGAUUGAAAGCCUCACCAAAGCCGGGCACCAAGCCCUGUUGGUUGGGGAUGCCCAAGAAGCCUUGGCUUGCUUCAAGAAGGCCUUUCUCCUGUCGCUGGAUGCUCCCAACCCGCAGGUGCAGAAGGCCUGUGCGUUCAAUGUGGGGGCCGCCUACGUGGAGAGCGGGAAGCCGGAAAAGGGCUUGGAGUUCUUGCUCAAGUCCCGGCCCACGGAGGGGGAAGCUGGGGAGCACCUGGGGGACCUGUACUUCAACCUCGGGGCAGCCCACGAGGGCCUACAGGACUUCCCCAAGGCCCUGGAGUAUUUCCACAAGGCAUCCGGUCACUACUGCUCCACCCAGGCUGGCAACCAGGCUGGCACCUGCAUGAAGAUGGGCUACUGCUACCUGGGGAUGCAGGACUCCACGCGGGCAGCCCAGUGCUUCCAGCAAGCCGGGCUGGCCUACGCCGAGGCCCAGAGCCUGGAAGCCGCGGCCCUGGCCCUGAACGAAGCGAGCAAUUGCAUGCUGCAGAGCCAGCAGUACGGGGCCGGAGAGAUCGUGGAGGUGCUGAACAAGUGCCGGCUGCUGUGCGAGGACAUUGGCAGCAAAGCCUUGCUAGGGAGGCUGUACAACGACAUGGGCCUCAGCUACUCCCAGCUCAAGAUCUUCUCCCUGGCAGCUGAGAGUUUCGAGAGAGCCCUCCUGCUGUGCCAGACUGACCCGGGUGACCGGCGCAAAGAGGCCGUGGUGCUGCAGAACCUGGGGGCUGCCCAUAACACCCUGGGCAACUUCCACCUGGCUCUGGAGCUGCACCAACGGGCAGCAUCUCUGCACAGUGUGCUGGGGAACAGGAAGGCCCAGGGACAGUGUUUCAGCAACCUGGCGUAUGCGUUCAGCCAGCUGGAUGACCAUGAGGCGGCAGGGGAGAACUACUUACAUGCCCUGCAAGCCUUCAAGGAUGUGGAUGACCUCCUUGGGCAGUGGCAGGCGUGCGAAGGGCUUGGGGCUUCCUGCUUCCACCUGCGAGACCCCGAGAAGGCGGUGAUGCAUUACAAAGAGGCGCUCAUGUUGCUUUCCAAAUGCCAGGAUGCCUCUGAGACAGCUCAGGAGCGGAUUGUGAACAAGCUGGCCGAUGCCCUCCAGUACAAGCUCUCCCUGGACAGCCGUGCCUGCCACAGAGGAAGCCUUGCCCCUGCCGCCCCUCUCAAGCACUUUCCUGGGAAGCUGCAGACGUCCAGCCAGGUCCGCUUCUCAGCAGCCCUGCACCAUGAGAAGGGCCGCGAGCCCCAGACACCACGCCAAGGAAACCAUUUGUUGCCACCAGCUCAGCCCCAGGAGGAACUGUCCUCAUCCCUGCUGGCUGCCCCAGUGCCUCAGAGACCAUCUCCCCCACGAGGGGCAGCAGGUGUCCCCUGGCAGGCAGGGAGACAGCCCCUGCAGAGGCCAAGCCUCAGGGCUUCAGAUGCGGGACUGGCUGCACAGACCACGGGCCUGGCGGAGGGAUGCCAGCUCGAGCCCAGGGACCCCAGCUGCCACGCGGCACUUGGGAGCAGUCACAUGCAAGAGGUGGAUGCCUCUAGCAGGGCCCCCACGUAUUAUAACCAGCCCCAAGCAAAUAGCAACCUGAACAACACGUACCUGCACCCAGACCCCUAUUACCACAACUGCCUCCAGAACGGGAGACUCCAGCCCUCGCUGAAAAGCCUUCACGAAUAUGAAACCCUCCGGCUACGGACACGGAUGCUAGAGCAGCCUGCUGCCAACCCCACUAGCCACAUCCCCAGUGAAAGGCAGGAGCCCUGGCGGUGGCAGAAGAGGAGUCGGUUCGAGUCCAUCCUAUGCACACUCAUGUGAAGGUGAGCAGCAGAGACUGGACUUCCAUGUGGGGUGAAAUGGGGACCCUUUGGCACAAAUUCAGAGCCGGAUCUGGGUCUACGUUACCCCCCUCCACCUCCAAAGCUUCCUGCAGACCGCCUCCAACCUGCCUGCUGUCUCUGCCCCACAUAGCUGCCCCCAUCGUUGGCACAAAGUGCUUUUACUCUGCAAGCCUUGCCCUCUGGCUCAGCCUCCAAGCCUCUGACUUUCCAGCUCUGCCACUGACAUGCCCGCAGAUGGCUUUUCCCACACCGCCAGGCUGGACAUGGGAGGCGUGGGAUGCGGUCAGACUGGAGGACAUUAAACAGGGUACAGUUCUCAGGUGCUAGCACAGCUGGAGAGCUCCCUGCAUCCGUGCAGCACCUGAAACUCGGCUGCAGCGACCAACAAGAAUGGUGCAAAGGCAUCUUUCUUCUCAGGCCUGGUCCUCUCCCCCCAGGUCCCUCCAUGCUUUGCACAGACAACUCUUGUUCUUUUCUGUACACCCAUGUGCACAUGGCACAGGGAUUAGCAGGAAGGCUCAUUUCAGAGGUUCCAGGGCACUGGGCGCAGGUGCUAAUUGCAAAUGGCAAUUACCCCCUCUAGACCUCAGCUGCUUCCACUCAAGGCACCAAUAGAGACACCUGGUUUGCUGGUGCCAGGGUCCGACACAUGCCUUCUCCUUGCACUUGUGAAAAUCCGGGGGGCUGCUUAUUUCAUGAAUCUCCCCCCUUCACUGGAUCAAAGCAGGGCUGAACCCUAAACCUUUAACCCUAAGAACCAAUGGAGACACCUAUGGGUUUCAGAGCAGGAGCCUCUAGCACUUGAGUGGUGCUGGCAGCCAUAGUAGACUGUUCUAUUACAAGAAGACAGUGACUCCCUGUGUACCAGUGGGCAGAAGGGGCACUGCCAUAUGAGGGGCUUGAUGGAGCCAGGUACAAAUGCAUCAUGUGGCCCUUUUUCAGAGCACGGCCCGGGGGGAACUUGAUGGAGGACCCCAAGACUUGUUCCACUAUCAGCAAGCAGGGGUGCGGGAGCUUGUGAGCUCUUUGGAGCAGGGGAUGGUGUCUCAUGGUGCCUAUGUGCAGCCCCUAGCACACGGGAGCCCCAAUCUUGAGGGGGGCAUAAUAAAAAAUCCCAAUGGCCUGUUCUCAGAGAGGUGUUUGUAGCAACAACUGCUCCGGACUCAGAUGCCAAGUGCUGUCACAAAUAAAUCUGUUUUGUAUGGAGCAGCAUGGAGUCACAGCCUUUUUAUUUGUCACCUUCUCCUGGGUGUCACCCAGACCCCAUGCGUGGUCAGCUGCCUGCAGGGGGUGGAAAUCACCCCUCCAUGUGCACCACUACACCCUUUAC